AUGAGAGACGUUCCCAUCGCGCACCAGUCGCACCAAGUUUUCGAGGAAGUUCCUUAUACCGAGUCUAAAGACAGCAAAUCUGCAUCUUCGAACGCGCAAGAGAAUGAGUCCGAUCCUCACCCCGAAGACUACAAGCGACUCACCUUCACUUCCGGGCCGAUUUUGCAGAGAUCCAGGCUUUGCAAGUUGCCGGCUGAAAUGAAGAAUGCCAUUUAUCGCUUCGUGCUCAUUGAGCAGGACCUGAUUCACGUCACGGCCUCUGGGUACAGCCGUAAUGGUGGUUGUAUCCUGGCGACAUGCAAAGAGAUCAGAGUCGAAGCGCUGGGUAUCUACUACGACGAGAACAAGUUUCUACACUUCAUCAGCAAAUUCGACUCGACUCCACUCGUACGCUUCGAAACCGCCAUAAAUUUAUUCUACCAAGUUCGAGGGAUGUAA